AUGGCGAGCCGUAUGAAUCGAAAGAUUCAAUCUGGGAGUUCGACUUUGGGCAAACAUGCUUGCAGGUCAUCAACUAAUUCAUCUAGUAACUGCUUUGGCGUUAGUCCCUGCCCUUUGUGUCAACAUCCUUGUUGGAGCACCUGUGACUGCACUCGCAGCUGGCUUGUUAAUGGCACUAUCUGGGUUAGAAGCGAUUGUUUGCGUGCUGCAAAGCGGAGUGUUUUGUUUGCUCGCCAGUUUCUACCUUCACGAAGUCCUUAG